AUGAAUGUGAGUUUCGGUGAAAUUUGUUUUUCAAAUUUGUUUUAUACUUUUUUAAACUUUUUAGUUUUGAACCUAGUUUCUCAAGCUUACAAUAUUUUUUUGAAACUCAAUCAUUUCAUAUUUUCUUCAAUUUCUUGAUCCACGUUGUAAUUGUACCGUAUAAAACCUCUUUCUGAAGAGAAAAAAAAAACAUAAGAGCAAAUUCCUAUGAGUUUCCAGGCGCCAUGGCACGUUCACGACGUCGUCGACAUGAUUGUCUACCAACAGCCUACUUUUUCGACUUUCAAUCUCCUUGGAUCUGAAGAAAAUCUGAAAAAUGAGGAGGUCGCAAAGAAACCAUCUAAGAACCAAGGAAAAGUUAGUUCCGAAAAAAAAAGUCAAUAAAAGGGAUUUUUCCUCUCAGAUUGUUGCUCAUUUGCGUGGAACUUUCCCGUUGAGAGUUGCCGUGGACAAUCUUCGAUUCAAGGCUGAAUCUUUGACUUCGGAAUUGAGGUUCUGUAUCAUCCAUCGCGUGAAUUUCAAAAACUUUUCUUUUCUGGAAGAACGGAAACUGUUGAAAAUCUUGCACAAUAAAAAGCCGAAAAUUUUAGCAGCCUUUUCAAAAAAUGGCGUUUAUUGAAUUAUAAUACAGGAAUCACAUGUUCACGGCGCCCGGAAACUCGAAAAAGUACUUGCCUUUGAUGUUCAUUGACCAAUUGAGCAUGCGGACCAAGGAUUUGGUUGAGGUUACUUUUUGAAAAAAAUAAUAAUAAUACAUUUUUUUUUCCAGAUAACCCAGCAGAAUAUGACUCUGAAAGUAAAUUACGAGCCGAUCUCCGUGGGGAAGAUGAUCAUGUUGACGACGAUCGGCCGCUCGACUCAGCUGCUCCUCAGCAACGGCUUCAAGGAGAAAGAUGUUGAUGAGGUUUCUGACAAGUCAAAAGUGAACUUGACUAUACAGUUUCAACUUCAUUUUUCAAUACAAUAACUCGUUUUUCCCCUUUCCUUUUGUUCGGUUUGAUCAUGUGAUUUAAUUUACUUUUUUUUACAGUUUUAUUUAGUUUGUUUACAUAAAAAAAAAGCUUUUUUGGAAUUAAAAUUUAAUUUUUCAUAGGUCGCUAAGAUCUUAAAAAAGAGCUCGGCCGAUAUUUGAUAAACCCUCGUAGUUUAGAGAAUCUAAUCCUACUUUUUCAAUAAAUCUUGAUUUUUCAGAUGCGCGGACUUUUCACGGAGACGAAUCUUUAUUUGAUUUUGGUCACUUUCAUCGUUUCUUCUCUCCAUUUGGUCUUCGACAUGCUCGCUUUCAAAAACGACAUUUCUUUCUGGAGAGGUCGCAGAUCGAUGGUCGGGAUCUCCUCGAAGUUUGAUUUCUUCUGAAUCCUCGGAAUCAGAAUGGUGUUCCAGAACAUUGUUAUGGCGAUGUUUCUCACAAACAAUCAUCUUUUUCUAUCUUUGGGACCAAGGUACAAGUCUUCUAGUUUUGAUUCCGUCGGGAAUUUCGACGGUCAUCGAAUACUGGAAAUUGACCAUCGCCUAUAAGGUUUAGGGAGAAGGAAGGAAUUCUGAAUAUUCUCGUUUUUCUCAGGUGUCUUUCUCGUUUAGUCGUGGAGUCUCUUUGGGAGAACACAGCGCGGCCGAGUCUCAGACGGAUUCGAUCGACGCCGAGGCCAUGAAGUACCUUUCCUGGCUCAUUGUCCCUCUUUGUAUCGCCGGCGCGGUUUACAGGUAACUUUUGGACUUUCAUUUCUGACAAGGGCAGGUUCAGACGUUUAUCUUGGUACAAUAAAUCAAUACUUUUAUUGUGAACCAUAUUACCUGCUCUCAAGCACUAAAAAUUGAAUACAGAGCUCAUUAAAAGAGUUUGGCUUACUUCUAGGAAAAAGAAAGGCAUAAAACGGGCUUGGAAAAGGCUUUUCUUCGAAAAAAAAACUUCGCUCAGAAUUUUCGAAGAUUUUCGCAAGUGUCUCAGUUAUGUGUGUGAUUCUGUUUAAGUAAACAGCGUUUUGCGAAAAAAUGAUCUUGCAACUUUUUCAGAUCUUGGCAUGUUUUUUUUUAGUAUUUUAUAUAUCGCUGUAACUUUUAUUUAAAAAAAGCUUAAAGUGGAUUAUUACUCGGACUUUAGUAACGCGAAUCGGUUGAAACGUGUCGUAGCAUUUUUAGUGACCGCUUUAGUGGCUUCAGCACUCUUGAGUGAUUCCUAGAAUAGCUCAGAAACGUCCGGAGCGCGUUCGAUAUCGUUACCAAGAUCUGAGUUAAACUUUUUUUUGAGCUUUGAAAGGAUAAAAAAGCUUAUUUUAAAACCUUUUCUUUCCAUGGAUGAACUGAAAAUCUACAGCUUGGCGUACGUGCCGCACAAGUCGUGGGGCAGCUGGCUGCUGCAGGCGACGGUCAACGGCGUCUACGCCUUCGGAUUCCUGUUCAUGCUGCCCCAGUUGUUCGUCAACUACAAAAUGAAGAGUGUGGCUCAUCUGCCGUGGCGUGCCUUCAUGUACAAGGCGUUCAACACGUUCAUCGACGACCUCUUCGCCUUCAUCAUAACUAUGCCGACCGCCCAUCGCAUGGCCUGCUUCAGGUUCUCCAAUUUUUCUUGAAUCUUAUUGAUUGGACUCUUUCAGAGACGACGUCGUAUUUGCCGUUUAUUUGUACCAGAGAUAUCUCUAUCCGGUGGACUACUCUCGUGUCAACGAGUUCGGGGACUCUGGCGAACCCUCGACGAAAGCCGAAGAAGCUUCUGAGAAGGACCUUCCUCCUGUGGAAACUGUGAAAGAGAAAGAGACACCGGGCAAAUCGAGGGCCUCUUUAGGGCGGAAAGCGGAAAAGACGGACUGA